GCUACGCGGGAGGUGCCGUUUGUGCAACAAGGGAAAUGCACAUUCGCCUAAACAGCGAGGAUUAACCCCAGAAUUUCAGCUAAAGGAGAAAUACAGCAGGACUUUACCAUGGCCACUGAAGGGGACCCGUCAGACCUGGUGAAGGUGCUUCACCUGCUGGUGAUGUCCUUCUCUUGGGGGAUGCAGGUGUGGGUGUCCUUCAUCGCAGGGUUUGUGCUGGUGUCUCAGGUAACUCUGCACACGUUUGGUUUGGUGCAGAGUAAACUCUUCCCCUGGUAUUUCUACUGCCUGCUGGGCAGCAACACGGUCAGCCUGGCCAUAUAUGCAGUGUAUCAUCCCAGGGAACUGCUGGACUGGCACGAGGCUAUACAGAUGACCCUGUUCUUUGUGGCAGUGAUCAUGGCAGGGCUGAAUGCUCAGUGGUUCGGACCCGCUGUCACUGAGAACAUGCUGGUGAUGAGGGGGAUCGAGCAGGAGCACGGUUUGGGUGGAGAAGUGGGCUUUGGAACCAACAGGGAGCGCUACGUUAAACUCCGCGAGCAGGACCCCAAAUACAAAACCCACCGGACCAGCUUCUACCGCUACCACGGCCUGUCCAACCUGAGCAACCUGGUGGGCUUUGUCUGCAGCACCGUCAACCUCGUCUACCUUGCCCUUCAGCUGGCUUCACUAUGAGACCAGUUCUGUCUUUAACGUGAAGCAGAUUGAAUGGUAGUAUUUCUCUUUUUUUCCAAACUUUAUUUCUAUUUUUAUCCCCAAUUUAGCUAGGUCCAUUGUCCCACCCAUUCUUCUGCUAACCAGCUGUUACUCAGCUGUAUAUCCCCCAUCACUAGUGAUGCCACAACACCAGGAGGGUGAAGACUAGCAUGACUCCGCCUCUUUUCAAACUGCUGCUGAUGCAGCAUUGCCGAGUAGCAUCACAGCGCUAACGCUCUGAGGAAAGUGCAGCAACUCGGUUCUGAUACAUCAGCUCACAGAUGCAGCCUUGUGCUGAUCCACAUCACCCUAGGAGUAAUGAGGGAAAAGAGCGCCAUCUACUGUACCCACCCAGAGAGAAUAAGCAAGACCUAUUGUGCUCUCUCAGGGCUCCGGCAGCUGAUGGCAAGCUGCAUGACUGGGAUUGGAACAGCGAUUUCCCAAUCAUAGUGGCAGCGCUUAGCCCUUCCUGUGAUUUUGUAAUUCCCAUUAGGACUGUGCACAACAUACUAAUUCAUUCACAGUUCAUUCCAUAUCAAUCAAACGAUGGGACAGGUGAAAACAAUUGAUGAUUUGAAAUGUAUGUAUUACAUUAGUAUGUAAAUAUAUUACUUCUAAACAGGUUUAUUAAUGUACUUUGUAUAACUAAUGUGUAUAUAGUGAGAUUUUAGAAUGAGUCUGGUCGAGGGGCCAUUUUAGUUUCUGAAACUUUGGAUACACUGAUUUAAGUGCCUACUUUUCCCUCUUGGCCUAAUGAAUGUUCUAUAUACUAUCAAACUACAACACACUACUACAACCCCAAAUCAGUUGAAGCUAAUCAGACAAAAUGUAAAAAAAUAUAUUUGGUUCAUACACUUUACAUACAUUUUAAAUAAAUUACAAUUUGAUUUUUAGCAUUUUUAGAUGGAUCUCAAUUAUUUAGUUAGUUAGUUUCUACUUAUGUUGCGUAUGCAUUGAUGUGUAUUUGCUUUUUUUCCAAGUUUGUAAUCAUGAUGGUUAAUUUGUAGAAAAUAAAUAAAUUUUUCUAAAUCUGAUAA